AUGCAACUGUUCGUUAUCUGCCUGCUGGCGGCCACCACAGCCGCGUUCACAAUGUUUGGCCCCCACAUCCGCAUCGUGCCGGGCCAGAAGCCCAAUGAGAUAAUCCUGCACUUUCGCAAUCCGUGCAACAAUAAAACGAGCACCACCACCCUGAAGCCGCCACCGCCGCCUUGUCCUGCUCAUCCCACCACUCCCGCCUGCGAGCACCGCAUCACCAGUCCAGCUCCGACGAAGCCGCAUUGUCCACAUGCCACCACUACUCCGCACAAUUGUGGUCACGACACAACGAGCUCCAGCAGGGCCACCACUCCAAAGCCGACAUUGGAAACAACAAUUGGGACAACUUUCAAGACAACUCAAAUAACAACACCAGCACCAACCACUCUGCGACCAACAGAAGACACGACGGCCACGCCGACAACUCUGAAACCAACUGAGGGAACGACUGCCAGGCAGACAACUCUGAAACCAACUGAGGGAACGAGUGCCAAGCCGACAACUCUGAAACCUACUGAGGGAACGACUGCAAAGCAGACAACUCUGAAACCAACUGAAGGUACAACGGCAAAGUCGACAACUCUGAAACCAACUGAAGGUACAACGGCCAAGACGACAACUCUGAAACCAACUGAGGGAACAACGGCCAAGCCGACAACUUUAAAACCUACUGAGGGAACAACGGCCAAGUCGACAACUCUGAAACCAACUGAAGGUACAACGGCCAAGCCAACUACUGUGAAACCAACUGAGGGAACGAGUUCCAAGCCGACAACUCUGAAACCAACUGAAGGAACAAGUGCCAAGCCCACAACUCUGAAACCAACUGAGGGAACGACUGCCAGGCAGACAACUCUGAAACCAACUGAGGGAACGAGUGCCAAGCCGACAACUCUGAAACCUACUGAGGGAACGACUGCCACGCAGACAACUCUGAAACCAACUGAAGGUACAACGGCAAAGUCGACAACUCUGAAACCAACUGAAGGUACAACGGCCAAGCCAACUACUGUGAAACCAACUGAGGGAACGAGUUCCAAGCCGACAACUUUGAAACCAACUGAGGGAACGAGUUCCAAGCCGACAACUCUGAAACCAACCGAAGAAACAAGUGCCAAGCCCACAACUCUGAAACCUACUGAGGGAACGACUGCCACGCAGACAACUCUGAAACCAACUGAGGGAACGAGUUCCAAGCCCACAACUCUGAAACCAACCGAAGGAACGACUGUCAGGCAGACAACUCUGAAACCAACUGAAGCUACAACGACCAAGCCGACAACUUUAAAACCAACUGAAGGUACAACGGCUAAGCCAACAACUUUAAAACCUACUGAGGGAACAACGGCCAAGUCGACAACUCUGAAACCAACUGAAGGUACAACGGCCAAGACGACAACUCUGAAACCAACUGAAGGUACAACGGCCAAGCCAACUACUGUGAAACCAACUGAGGGAACGAGUUCCAAGCCGACAACUCUGAAACCAACUGAAGGUACAAGUGCCAAGCCCACAACUCUGAAACCAACUGAGGGAACGACUGUCAGGCAGACAACUCUGAAACCAACCGAAGGUACAACGGCCAAGCCAACUACUGUGAAACCAACUGAGGGAACGACUGCCAAGACGACAACUUUGAAACCAACUGAGGGAACGAGUUCCAAGCCGACAACUCUGAAACCAACCGAAGGAACAAGUGCCAAGCCCACAACUCUGAAACCAACUGAGGGAACAACGGCCAAGUCGACAACUCUGAAACCAACUGAAGGUACAACGGCCAAGCCGACAACUUUAAAACCUACUGAGGGAACAACGGCCAAGUCGACAACUCUGAAACCAACUGAAGGUACAACGGCCAAGACGACAACUCUGAAACCAACUGAAGGUACAACGGCCAAGCCAACUACUGUGAAACCAACUGAGGGAACGAGUGCCAAGCCGACAACUUUGAAACCAACUGAGGGAACGAGUUCCAAGCCGACAACUCUGAAACCAACCGAAGGAACAAGUGCCAAGCCCACAACUCUGAAACCAACUGAGGGAACGACUGUCAGGCAGACAACUCUGAAACCAACCGAAGGUACAACGGCCAAGCCAACUACUCUGAAACCAACUGAAGGUACAACGGCCAAGACGACAACUCUGAAACCAACUGAGGGAACAACGGCCAAGUCGACAACUCUGAAACCAACUGAAGGUACAACGGCCAAGCCGACAACUUUAAAACCUACUGAGGGAACGACAGCCAAGUCGACAACUCUGAAACCAACUGAAGGUACAACGGCCAAGACGACAACUCUGAAACCAACUGAAGGUACAACGGCCAAGCCAACUACUGUGAAACCAACUGAGGGAACGAGUUCCAAGCCGACAACUCUGAAACCAACUGAAGGAACAAGUGCCAAGCCCACAACUCUGAAACCAACUGAGGGAACGACUGCCAGGCAGACAACUCUGAAACCAACUGAGGGAACGAGUGCCAAGCCGACAACUCUGAAACCUACUGAGGGAACGACUGCCACGCAGACAACUCUGAAACCAACUGAAGGUACAACGGCAAAGUCGACAACUCUGAAACCAACUGAAGGUACAACGGCCAAGCCAACUACUGUGAAACCAACUGAGGGAACGAGUUCCAAGCCGACAACUUCGAAACCAACUGAGGGAACGAGUUCCAAGCCGACAACUCUGAAACCAACUGAAGGUACAAGUGCCAAGCCCACAACUCUGAAACCAACUGAGGGAACGACUGCCAGGCAGACAACUCUGAAACCAACUGAAGGUACAACGACCAAGCCGACAACUUUAAAACCAACUGAAGGUACAACGGCUAAGCCAACAACUUUAAAACCUACUGAGGGAACAACGGCCAAGUCGACAACUCUGAAACCAACUGAAGGUACAACGGCCAAGACGACAACUCUGAAACCAACUGAAGGUACAACGGCCAAGCCAACUACUCUGAAACCAACUGAAGGUACAACGGCCAAGACGACAACUCUGAAACCAACUGAGGGAACAACGGCCAAGACGACAACUCUGAAACCAACUGAAGGUACAACGGCCAAGCCAACUACUCUGAAACCAACUGAAGGUACAACGGCCAAGACGACAACUCUGAAACCAACUGAAGGUACAACGGCCAAGCCAACUACUGUGAAACCAACUGAGGGAACGAGUUCCAAGCCGACAACUCUGAAACCAACUGAAGGUACAAGUGCCAAGCCCACAACUCUGAAACCAACUGAGGGAACGACUGUCAGGCAGACAACUCUGAAACCAACUGAAGGUACAACGACCAAGCCGACAACUUUAAAACCAACUGAAGGUACAACGGCUAAGCCAACAACUUUAAAACCUACUGAGGGAACAACGGCCAAGUCGACAACUCUGAAACCAACUGAAGGUACAACGGCCAAGACGACAACUCUGAAACCAACUGAAGGUACAACGGCCAAGCCAACUACUGUGAAACCAACUGAGGGAACGACUGCCAAGACGACAACUUUGAAACCAACUGAGGGAACGAGUUCCAAGCCGACAACUCUGAAACCAACCGAAGGAACAAGUGCCAAGCCCACAACUCUGAAACCAACUGAGGGAACGACUGCCAGGCAGACAACUCUGAAACCAACUGAAGGUACAACGGCCAAGCCAACUACUCUGAAACCAACUGAAGGUACAACGGCCAAGACGACAACUCUGAAACCAACUGAAGGUACAACGGCCAAUCCAACUACUGUGAAACCAACUGAGGGAACGAGUGCCAAGCCGACAACUUUGAAACCAACUGAGGGAACGAGUUCCAAGCCGACAACUCUGAAACCAACCGAAGGAACAAGUGCCAAGCCCACAACUCUGAAACCUACUGAGGGAACGACUGCCACGCAGACAACUCUGAAACCAACUGAAGGUACAACGACCAAGCCGACAACUUUAAAACCAACUGAGGGAACAACGGCCAAGUCGACAACUCUGAAACCAACUGAAGGUACAACGGCCAAGCCAACUACUGUGAAACCAACUGAGGGAACGAGUGCCAAGCCGACAACUCUGAAACCAACUGAACGAACGACUGCAAAGCAGACAACUCUGAGGCCAACUGAGGGAACGACUGCCAAGCCUACAACUCUGAAACCAACUGAGCGAACGACUGCCAAGCAGACAACUCUGAGACCAACUGAAGGUACAACGGCCAAGUCGACAACUCUGAAACCAACUGAAGGUACAACGGCCAAGCCGACUACCCUGAGACCAACUGAGGGAACGACUGCCAAGCCUAUAACUCUGAAACCAACAACGGCCAAGCCGACAACUCUGAAACCAACUGAACGAACGACUGCAAAGCAGACAACUCUGAGGCCAACUGAGGGAACGACUGCCAAGCCUACAACUCUGAAACCAACUGAGCGAACGACUGCCAAGCAGACAACUCUGAGACCAACUGAAGGUACAACGGCCAAGUCGACAACUCUGAAACCAACUGAAGGUACAACGGCCAAGCCGACUACCCUGAGACCAACUGAGGGAACGACUGCCAAGCCUAUAACUCUGAAACCAACAACGGCCAAGCCGACAACUCUGAAACCAACUGAACGAACAACUGCCAAGCAGACAACUCUGAGACCAACUGAGGGAACGACUGCCAAGCCUACAACCCUGAAACCAACAACGGCCAAGCCUACAACUCUGAAACCAACUGAGGGAACAACGGCUAAGCCGACAACUCUGAAACCAACUGAGCGAACGACUGCCAAGCAGACAACUCUGGGACCAACUGAGGGAACAACUGUCAAGCCUACAACUCUGAAACCAACUGAGGGAACGACUGCCAAGCAGACAACUCUGAAACCAACUGAGGGAACGAGUGCCAAGCCGACAUCUCUGAAACCAACUGAAGGUACAACGGCCAAGCCGACUACUCUGAAACCAACUGAGCGAACGACUGCCAAGCUUACAACUCUGAAACCAACUGAGCGAACGACUGCCAAGCCUACAACUCUGAAACCAACUGAGCGAACGACUGCCAAGCAGACAACUCUGAAACCAACUGAGGGAACAACUGUCAAGCCUACAACUCUGAAACCAACUGAGGGAACGACUGCCAAGCAGACAACUCUGAAACCAACUGAGGGAACGAGUGCCAAGCCGACAUCUCUGAAACCAACUGAAGGUACAACGGCCAAGCCGACUACUCUGAAACCAACUGAGCGAACGACUGCCAAGCAGACAACUCUGAGACCAACUGAGGGAACGACUGCCAAGCCUACAACCCUGAAACCAACAACGGCCAAGCCGACAACUCUGAAACCAACUGAACGAACGACUGCAAAGCAGACAACUCUGAAACCAACUGAGCGAACGACUGCCAAGCCUACAACUCUGAAACCAACUGAGGGAACAACGGCUAAGCCGACAACUCUGAAACCAACUGAGCGAACGACUGCCAAGCAGACAACUCUGAGACCAACUGAGGGAACAACUGUCAAGCCUACAACUCUGAAACCAACUGAGGGAACGACUGCCAAGCAGACAACUCUGAAACCAACUGAGGGAACGAGUGCCAAGCCGACAUCUCUGAAACCAACUGAAGGUACAACGCCCAAGCCGACUACUCUGAAACCAACUGAGCGAACGACUGCCAAGCAGACAACUCUGAGACCAACUGAGGGAACGACUGCCAAGCCUACAACCCUGAAACCAACAACGGUCAAGCCGACAACUCUAAAACCAACUGAACGAACGACUGCAAAGCAGACAACUCUGAAACCAACUGAGCGAACGACUGCCAAGCCUACAACUCUGAAACCAACUGAGGGAACAACGGCUAAGCCGACAACUCUGAAACCAACUGAGCGAACGACUGCCAAGCAGACAACUCUGAAACCAACUGAGGGAACAACGGCUAAGCCGACAACUCUGAAACCAACUGAGCGAACGACUGCCAAGCAGACAACUCUGAGACCAACUGAGGGAACAACUGUCAAGCCUACAACUCUGAAACCAACUGAGGGAACGACUGCCAAGCCGACAUCUCUGAAAUCAACUGAAGGUACAACGGCCAAGCCGACUACUCUGAGACCAACUGAGGGAACGACUGCCAAGCCGACAUCUCUGAAAUCAACUGAAGGUACAACGGCCAAGCCGACUACUCUGAGACCAACUGAGGGAACGACUGCCAAGCAGACAACUCUGAAACCAACUGAAGGUACAACGGCCAAGCCGACUACUCUGAAACCAACUGAGCGAACGACUGCCAAGCAGACAACUCUGAGGCCAACUGAGGGAACAACUGUCAAGCCUACAACUCAGAAACCAACUGAACGAACUACUGCCAAAGAAACAACUCUGAGACCAACUGAGGGAACGACUGUCAAGCCUACAACUCAGAAACCAACUGAGGGAACAACUGUCAAGCCUACAACUCUGCAACCAACUGAGGGAACGACUGCCAAGCCGACAACUCUGAGACCAACUGAGGGAACAACGGCCAAGCCGACAACUCUGAAACCAACUGAACGAACGACUGCCAAGCAGACAACUCUGAGGCCAACUGAGGGAACAACUGUCAAGCCUACAACUCAGAAACCAACUGAAAGAACUACUGCCAAGGAGACAACUCUGAGACCAACUGAGGGAACAACGGCCAAGCCGACAACUCUGAAACCAACUGAACGAACUACUGCCAAGCAGACAACUCUGAGACCAACUGAGGGAACAACUGUCAAGCCUACAACUCAGAAACCAACUGAGGGAACGACUGUCAAGCCUACAACUCUGAAACCAACUGAGGGAACGAGUGCCAAGCCUACAACUCUGAGACCAACUGAGGGAACGACUGCCAAGCAGACAACUCUGAGACCAACUGAGGGAACAACGGCCAAACCGACAACUCAGAAACCAACUGAACGAACGACUGCCAAGCCGACAACUCUGAAACCAACUGAGCGAACGACUGCCAAGCAGACAACUCUGAGACCAACUGAGGGAACGACUGCCAAGCCUACAACUCUGAAACCAACUAAGGGAACGAGUGCAAAGCCUACAACUCUGAAACCAACUGAGGGAACGACUGCCAAGCCGACAACUCUGAGACCAACUGAAGGUACAACGGCCAAGCAGACAACUCAGAAACCAACUGAACGAACGACUGCCAAGCAGACAACUCUGAAACCAACUGAACGAACGACUGCCAAGCAGACAACUCUGAGGCCAACUGAGCGAACGACUUCCAAGCCUACAACUCUGAAACCAACUGAACGAACGACUGCAAAGCAUACAACUCUGAGACCAACUGAGGGAACGACUGUCAAGCCUACAACUCAGAAACCAACUGAACGAACUACUGCCAAGGAGACAACUCUGAGUCCAACUGAGGGAACAACUGUCAAGCCUACAACUCAGAAACCAACUGAGGGAACAACGGCCAAGCCGACAACUCUGAAACCAACUGAACGAACGACUGCCAAGCAGACAACUCUGAGGCCAACUGAGGGAACAACUGUCAAGCCUACAACUCAGAAACCAACUGAAAGAACUACUGCCAAGGAGACAACUCUGAGACCAACUGAGGGAACAACGGCCAAGCCGACAACUCUGAAACCAACUGAACGAACGACUGCCAAGCAGACAACUCUGAGGCCAACUGAGCGAACGACUGCCAAGCCUACAACUCUGAAACCAACUGAACGAACGACUGCCAAGCAUACAACUCUGAGACCAACUGAAGGUACAACGGCCAAGCAGACAACUCUGAGACCAACUGAGGGAACGACUGCAAAGCCUACAACUCUGAGACCAACUAAGGAAACAACGGCCAAGCCGACAACUCUAAAACCAACUGAACGAACGACUGCCAAGCAGACAACUCUGAGACCAACUGAGCGAACGACUGCAAAGCCUACAACUCUGAGACCAACUGAAGGUACAACGGCCAAGCAGACAACUCUGAGACCAACUGAGGGAACAACUGUCAAGCCUACAACUCAGAAACCAACUGAGGGAACAACGGCCAAGCCGACAACUCUGAAACCAACUGAGGGAACGACUGCCAAGCAUACAACUCUGAGACCAACUGAGGGAACGACGGCAAAGCCUACAACUCUGAGACCAACUAAGGAAACAACGGCCAAGCCGACAACUCUGAAACCAACUGAACGAACGACUGCCAAGCAGACAACUCUGAGGCCAACUGAGCGAACGACUGCCAAGCCUACAACUCUGAAACCAACUGAACGAACGACUGCCAAGCAUACAACUCUGAGACCAACUGAAGGUACAACGGCCAAGCAGACAACUCUGAGACCAACUGAGGGAACGACUGCAAAGCCUACAACUCUGAGACCAACUGAGGGAACGACUGCAAAGCCUACAACUCUGAGUCCAACUAAGGAAACAACGGCCAAGCCGACAACUCUGAAACCAACUGAACGAACGACUGCCAAGCAGACAACUCUGAGGCCAACUGAGCGAACGACUGCCAAGCCUACAACUCAGAAACCAACUGAACGAACUACUGCCAAGGAGACAACUCUUAGACCAACUGAGGGAACAACUGUCAAGCCUACAACUCAGAAACCAACUAAGGGAACAACGGCCAAGCCGACAACUCUGAAACCAACUGAGGGAACGACUGCCAAGCAGACAACUCUGAGGCCAACUGAGGGAACAACUGUCAAGCCUACAACUCAGAAACCAACUGAACGAACUACUGCCAAGCAGACAACUCAGAAACCAACUGAGGGAACGAGUGCCAAGCCUACAACUGUGAGACCAACUGAAGGUACAACGGCCAAGCAGACAACUCAGAAACCAACUGAACGAACGACUGCCAAGCAGACAACUCUGAGACCAACUGAAGGUACAACGGCCAAGCAGACAACUCUGAGACCAACUGAAGGAACAACUGCCAAGCAGACAACUCUGAGACCAACUGAGGGAACGACUGCAAAGCCUACAACUCUGAGACCAACUAAGGAAACAACGGCCAAGCAUACAACUCUGAGACCAACUGAGGGAACGACUGCCAAGCAGACAACUCUGAGGCCAACUGAGGGAACAACUGUCAAGCCUACAACUCAGAAACCAACUGAACGAACUACUGCCAAGGAGACAACUCUGAGACCAACUAAGGAAACAACGGCCAAGCCGACAACUCUGAAACCAACUGAGGGAACGACUGCCAAGCAUACAACUCUGAGACCAACUGAGGGAACGACUGCCAAGCAGACAACUCUGAGGCCAACUGAGGGAACAACUGUCAAGCCUACAACUCAGAAACCAACUGAACGAACUACUGCCAAGCAUACAACUCUGAGACCAACUGAGGGAACGACUGCCAAGCAGACAACUCUGAGGCCAACUGAGGGAACAACUGUCAAGCCUACAACUCAGAAACCAACUGAACGAACUACUGCCAAGGAGACAACUCUGAGACCAACUGAAGGUACAACGGCCAAGCAGACAACUCUGAGACCAACUGAGGGAACGACUGCAAAGCCUACAACUCUGAGACCAACUAAGGAAACAACGGCCAAGCCGACAACUCUGAAACCAACUGAGGGAACAACUGUCAAGCCUACAACUCAGAAACCAACUGAACGAACUACUGCCAAGGAGACAACUCUGAGACCAACUGAGGGAACAACUGUCAAGCCUACAACUCAGAAACCAACUGAGGGAACAACGGCCAAGCCGACAACUCUGAAACCAACUGAGGGGACGACUGCCAAGCCGACAACGUUAGAGCCUACUGGCGGAACAACGCCACAGCAGACUUCUCAGAAGACGACAACCCUUAAGCCAACAUCGGUUGAGACGACAACCGAAUCUCUCCCUCCGUUUAAUAUAUUCGAUGUGAUAACUGGUACACCAUUGACAAGCACUCCCAAUAUUUCGUAA